AAGGAAAUGAAGUUUUUGGUAUGAAUACAGAAACAAAAAACUCUUGUAAAGAAGUUAUUAUUUCUGGAACAGAAAAAGUAACAACUCAAAGUUUAAUUGCAUCAACAGAGAAAGAUACUUCCAACGCAGAUAACAAAAGUCAAUUAAUUACAGGUAACAGUGGUAAUGAAAUGGAGAGUAUUACUAAGGUUUCACAAAAGUCAACUAAACGUAGCAAAUCUAUGCCAGAAAAUAAAACGUCUCUUCAUGAAAACUCAUCUCCGUAUGUAGUUAAAUUGACACCAGAUAAGAGUUUUCUUGCCAGUGAAAAUGACAUUAAGAAUGGCCAGAUAUAUGUAAACACAAAUAAGGACACUAAUACAUUAUACCAAGUAAAUGAUAAGUCUGCAGAAGAUUCACUAUCCAAAGGUCUUGCUGAAUUUUCUGAAGAGAUGGAUGUCUGUACUGGCAUAAAUGAUAAACAAAGCUUUCCUGCUGGAGAUAAAACUUCUAAAACUGUAGCAUGCCAUGAUUCAGGUGAAGAGUUGUUUAUAGCAGGAAAACAUCCAGAUGACAUUUUGUCUCCAGUUACAGUGGCCCACAACUCAAUUAAAAUUUCUUCUGCAACUGAUAUGACCAAUAGUCCGUGUGAAAGGUUAUCCACAGAUGUCGGGGAUCCCGUUGUUGGCAUAUCCACAGCUGUGAAAUUUCAAGAUCCUGAUGAACAUUUCAUAGCUAUAGAAAUUGAGUGUUCACAUGAACAAUCUUUUUCAAAUAGACCUGUUCAAGAUGUUGUUGAAAAAUCUGAUGAAAUUUUCUGUGAGAAAAACCACUCAGAAGAUGAAUGUCUAACUAAAGAUUGUAAGGAACUUGUUACAGAAUUAGAAGAGAAAAAAUCUGAUUCCUUAAGAGAUGAAAAAGGAGAUAGUGGAUUAAUGGAGAAGUGUUCAGAUAGCUAUGAAUCUUCUCAAAGUGAACAAGAACAAACACCUGAAACCAAAAAGGUGGCAGACAUAAGUCCCUUGACAAGUUCCAAACUUCAGAAAUUGACAAAAAUUGAUAGAUCGGGAAGAUUGAAAAGUAAAGAGUUGUUUUCUCAAACAUCAGACAUGAACAAAAUGUCAUCAUCCAGAGAAAAAAAUCUACCAUCAAACAAUGUGCAGAUUAAUUGUUCUUUUGAACAGUUUAUGCCAUUGUGUCAGUUCAUAUCUGAUAUUGGGGUAGCAGAAGAAAAGGAAAUUGCUGCUGGAAUUGAAGAGAUGGAUGAUAUUUCCAAGACAGACACCUAUGGACUUCCAGAAAAUGUUAUGCCACUGUCUCAGCUGAUAAAAGAUAAUGAAUCAAAAAAAAAGGCUGUCAUCGGAGCUAAGAAACGCAAAAUGAGUAGUGGUACAAUAACUUCUCCAGUCGUUUAUCGGCUUCUUCUUCGCAAUAAGGAAAUACCAAAAAGCCCAAACUCUAAUAAAAACAACAGAGUAAAAAAAUCAUGUUCAAAUGAUCAUACUACUCAACUUGGCAGACAAAGGAGGUCAUGCAGAAAACAAAACAAAAACAACAUAAAGCUGAACAAUUCAGAUUCUUCUGUUCCCUUGGGAACUGAAGUUGUUCAGGAAGAAUCUUCAGGAAACAUUGAUGAAACUAACUCUUUUAAGGGUAAUUAUAAUGAGGAAAAGUAUCUCAACACGCCAUGUUCCAAUAUAGAUACAUUCAGUCAGGUAUGGAAAGAAGUAGAUAAAUCUCAUGCAUCCUUAGAUAGUUUUAAGCACUUGGAAGAAUCAAGCUUGUCAUUUUCCCCAAAUGAUGUCUCACCAACUAAAGAAGACACUUUCAAGGCUCUUCAGUGCCAUGAAAAAUGUAAAACUUCUCUUGUAGUUGACCAAAAGGAAGUUUUACCCACAAAAGAAAUUAGUCCAGUUGCAUUACACACCGUGGAAAACAACUUGUCUGCAAGUUUAUUGUCCCACAUGACUGCCUCAGAACCAUCUAGUUUAACCAAGUCAUAUGGCCAAAAUCUGAAUCACCCUUCUAAUAAAGUCAGCAGCCCAACCUCAGCACCAUUCAUUAAGAAAGCUCAGGGGACUGGCUUCCCUGCCUCUCCGCUGUCUCGCAGCCAAAAAAUACUACAAGCAGCCAUAAAAAAUGUAACAGUGUCCCCACAAAAUAAGGUUGGAAAGCUUCGAGACAGAGUGAAGCUUGUCUCUUCAGUUUCACCUUCUAAAAUCUCUAAGCAACAUAUCCUGGAUUCUGCAUGCUGUUCAUCACCUGCCAGUUCACCUCCAAAAUGGAUGAAACAUGUUUAUUCUCCUACAGCAUCACCAAGUGCCGGAAUCCUCAAGAAGAGAGUCUUGAAAAGUGAAAAAAGAAAUGAAUCUCCCACUUCACCUUCAAAGCAACGGAAAGUUUCUUUUGCUGUUCCUCCAGUUCAAUCCAAAGUAGAGUUUGAAGCAUCACCAAAAAAAGGCCGAAUCACGGGCUGUGUCAGUAGAUGUCUGGAAUUAACUCAUGGGAAGAACAAGUCAAAAUCUUCUCCCUCAGAUGGGAAAAUGUACAGUUCAUCCAAGAGAAUUAACAUGGAAUUAAUGGACAAGGAUGACGUAUCACAGUCACCAGCCACAUCUUCACAAAGUCUGCAACAGUCUUCUGAAGGUUACCAAAGCUCACCAUCCCUUCAUAUAAAUAGCCAGGAACCCAUCUGUUCAGACCUUCUGAACUGUCCUGAUCGUGUUGAACUGAUUUUACAUCAGCUUACAUCUACUAUUUGGGCUCGAGGUUUGGUGCAACUCAUUCGAGCUCAAAACAUCAAGACCAUUGGAGAGUUUAGUGCCUUGACUGCUCCUGACAUUCAGAAACUUCCAAUAAUAUCACCAAAAGUUGAGACUACUAGAAAUGUAUUGAAUAAAUAUUUGCUACAAUGGCAAAAGAAAAAUCAGGACAUGGAAGAUACUCUGAAAAUGGAAUCUGGUAUACCAUCAGAACCAAUAGUUGAAGAUUCUGAACCAGCUUGUCCUGUUUUACCAUCAACAGAACCAUUUUCAGUUGAUCAAAAUAUAAACUCGGAAAGCUCCCUAGGUGAAAGUGAAAACCUUUCUAUUGAAGAGAAGCAAUCAGGAUUAGAGAUUACAGAGGCCACAAGUUCUACAAGUGCUUCUAGUAAUUGGAUUGUUUCAAGCAGUGGCUGUGUGGUUGAGAUUGAAGGAAACUUGGAAAACCAAGAAACCAAAGAGAUUUCAUUUGCCACUAGAGAUACAGCUCCUCAACCUGAACUACUUAGCGUGGAGGAUAUGCUUGCCAAGAUGUUUUCUGAUGAGGAAGAAACAGAUGAAGAAAAUGUCAAAGGAACAAAUCUGAGUGUGACAGAUAGAAAAACAAAUCAUAAUAGAAGUUAUUCUGACGAGUCAGGUCUUUCGUCAAAAUCUGUUUUACCCAUAUCAAGUGAAAAUCCUAAGAAUAGUGAAAAAAUGGAUUUAGUGAGUGCCAGUAGUACAGUUCUCUUGUCAGAUGGACCAGGAAUCACUGACAACAGGGUCUCAUCACUAAAUAAUGGUGUAUCUACUGACUCCUCUUCUUUGUAUACAGGUAUAACUAGUAAUAUUGAAAACAGAGAAGAAAGACCAGAGGAGAAUGAUACACUGCAAUCAAAAGAAAUUAGCUGUGAUGCUACACCUUCUUCUUCUGUUGCAAGCAACUGUGAAGAAGCUGUAAAAAGUCCUGAAAAAGAAUUGGGGAGUGUUGAGAAAUUAUGGACUUUAUUCACUCCACAGGUUAUUGAAAAUCUCACUACUGUUGAAAUAAUUAAGAUGAUUAACAUGUUAUCUAAAGUGGCACUAGCUAGGAACACAGAAAAUAUGCCCCUGUAACCCAUGUCAAAAUGGGAGUGUUUAGAAAGACCGUAUAUGUAUUAGAAGAAAAGAUUAACACUUCAACUUCAGUUCUUCUAACAUUUUUUGCUUCAAACGUAACAUUUUUGGAUUGAAACAAUAGAGGUUCGUGUAAUAUCUUUAAGUUACUUAAGCUUCAGAUUUUAGUCGUAGUCUGAAAAUGGAAAUCAGAUAACCUGCCUGGUGCCUGUAAGGUAAAAAAUUUAUAACACAACAAACUUGUUUUAAUUGAUUGGUUAAGUGAAUAAUGUUUUAAUAAGAUGUCCAUUGAUGUUUUUAUGUGACUUUUUGAGGACUGUGUUUGUAUAACAAGGAAAGAAUUGUUUCAUACAUUUUUUUAUAUGAGUGGCUGUGAAUUGUUAAACUUUUGAUAUGAGUUUUUUAAAUUUUUUUAAAGAGAAUGUCAGACUUAGUGAAAUUUACAAAGUACAAAGAUGUUCUAAAGUGUGAAAAUAAUAGUAUCGAUAUCUGGCAUUAGUAACCAAGAACUACAGAAAGUUGGCCCUUUGUCAGAUAACUCUGAUGUUAAGUUUUUUUAAAUAAACAGCUUCUGUGAAGAAGUCUACCCAUUUUAGGUAUUGUCGUUUCAUGUAGACACUUAAACAAUCUUUAACACCAUUCAAAGUGUUUCAAUUUUGAAGCAUGAAACUGUUUGACUUGAGUUCAAUCAGAAAUUUAUCAGUCAAGCUCAAAAUUUUGUAAUGGUGAAAUUGUUAGUAUGCCUUUUGUAGAACCAAGAUUUUGGUUCAAUGUUUAGCUUAGUUUUUUAUUUUAACUAAGCUUGUAAAUUUUUUUUAAAUAAAAUUAUGU